AUUUUAUGAAAUCAAACGGUUCACACAAACCCUAACCCCAACAAAGAAACUCAUCUCUCUGCGGGAAAUCAGAUUCCCAAAUCCGAUUCCCAAUCUCCUUGCUUGUUCAGAAAUCGGUGCUGCUUCAGCUUCAGCAACAUGUCUGACGAACGAGCAGUGCAUCCCGAUUGCCGGAAUGCCGGUAAUCCUUUUCAUGAAUGCAGUGAUUACUGCUUUAGAGUGAUUGCUGUAGCCAAACUCAGGAUGCAACAACUGCAAUCAGAAGUUGCGCAAGCUAGUGGAGGAAGUAGCCGUGAGCAAGCCGUCCCUGAUGAGUCGUAUCCGGAUGAGGGAACACAUGAUGACGGACCGAAACCUGAUGAAAAUUCUGAUAGUGAUCCUGACCGACCUGUUGCGGAGGAAAUGGAGGGAGGUUAUGAGAACCUUUCUGGCAGACAGAAAAAGUGGAUGGAGUUGAGAGCCAAGAUGCAAGAAGCGAAGAAACGUAAUCAAAUUGAAAUAGCUGCUGAAAAAAAGAGGAUGGAAGGUCCAACAGAGUCUAGGGGUGUUUCUAAACAGAAAUGGCUCGAGGAUAGGAAGAAGAAAAUUGGAAAGCUUCUCGAUGCAAAUGGACUGGAUAUGACCAAGGCAUAUAUGCUUGACACACAAGAGGCAGCAGAAGUCAAAUACAAGAAAUGGGAUAAGGAUCCUGCUCCAUUCGGCUGGGACGUUUUUAAUCAGAAGACUUUAUACAAUGCAUACAAAAAGAGGACCAAGAAUGUUGAGGUUGAUAUAGAAGAAUACAAUAGAAUGAAAGAAGCUGAUCCUGAGUUCUACCGUGAUGCUUCAAGUCUCCAGUAUGGAAAGGCACCAAAAAUCUCAGAGGACAAGAUUGACAGGAUGGUACAAGAGCUAAAGGAUAGGGAUGACAAGCGCAAGUCAUUUAGUAGGAGAAGACGAUUUCAUGAAGAGAAAGAUAUUGACUCGAUCAAUGACCGUAAUGAGCAUUUCAACAAGAAGAUUGAGCGAGCCUUUGGUAAAUACACACUGGAGAUUAAAAAUAAUCUUGAGCGAGGAACUGCAUUGCCUGACUGAGGCAAUUGCAUAGACUGUGGUGAGUCAUUUUGUAAUAUUAUCCUGAUACUGAUAUGUUUAAAUGGUGGAUUGCUUUUUUUGGAGACUAUUUUGAUCAGAUGUAUUAUUAUAGCUGAAUAUUUUGCAAGGCACAUAUGGAACAUAGUGGAGUCAUUUUGAACUUCAAAUACUACAUGCUUGCUUGUGAUUUGUGAA